GAUGAUCGGAGAAGGACAAAUGGGAGAGUUUUGACGACUGAAAGCGGCAGCUGCUGGUUCGCUUCCAACCUUUCCGAUCGUCUGCCAAUAAUCACCCAGAAAGUUAUCCGCUUCCAAACUAGGAAGUAGCGUUUGUGACUUUCAAGUCCCGUUCCGCAUUUUACGGCGAUCUUAGACUACGUCACAGUCAUCGGUGGCGUAAGGGAAGGAGGCUGGGGCUGCCCCACGCGCGACAUUUCCUCCAUUCUCCAGACGGCGCAAGACAAUUUCGCCGUAAAUCCUUCUCCCCUGACUCGCGGAUACGUCACCGUGCUGCUGUUUCUGCCGCCGCUGCCAAGUGCGCAGCUCCGUGGACUCCCCCCACCCCUUACUCCACGCCCCCCCCCCCCCCCCACGACAACAAGGUUAGCCCACAGCAGCAGCAGCAGCGGCGGCGGCAAGCAUGGCCCCGCAGAGCCGACGCCGAGGGGUCGGACCGACAUGCAGCCGUCGUCACGCGGACGCCGCGUCCGCGUCACGUCCAUAAUACCCACGCGGGACCAAUCUCUCGUGGGAGGUUCGACGCCACGGACACGUGGAUUUGAAGAGCCAUGGAGGUAAGCGCCGCCGAAGCUCCGACCGCGGCCGGCGUUGUGGCCGCCCCGCCCGCCCCGAGACCCCAGCCGCCCUUAUACCUCGGCCCCGCCCACAGCCUGCUGGAGUGGCGCCGGCGGGUCAGGUCCGAGUACAUGCGCCUCCGCCAGCUGAAGCGCCUCAAGAAAGCGGAGGAGGUCAAGGCCGUGUUCGUGUCCAACCGGCUCAAGAUUGAAGAGCAGACCGGGAUGGUCAAUGAGGAGUGGUGCAAGCUGAGGAUCCAGCCGGUGCCCUUGUCGAGCUCAGGCGGCUCCGUGGCUACAAAGAAGGUGUGCACGGUGGAGUCCGGCUUCCCGGGGUUCAAAGUUCAGGCCGUCGCCAUGAGGCCGUUGUCGACGGUGACGGGAAUCCCUUUCAUGUACUCCUGGUCCCCUUUGCAGCACAACUUUAUGGUGGAGGACGAGACAUUCCUGCACAACAUUCCCUACAUGGGCGACGAGGUGUUGGAGCAGGAUGAAGCCUUCCUGGAGGAACUCAUUGACAACUAUGAUGGCGUCCAUGGCGACAGGGAGGGCGGCUUCAUCAGCGACGAGAUCUUUAAGGAGCUGGUGGAGGCCUUGAGCCAGUACUCCGACCACGAGGACGAGGAGGAGGAGGAAGCGGCGGCGGUGCCCGAAAAGAAGGAAGAAGAGCGAGCGACGAGGCGGGGCUCGGCCGAGAGCGCCGAGGAGACCAGAACGCCGUUCGUCCGCCGGAAGAGGCGGAGCGCCGUCGAGGUGCGCGACCUGUCCGGCAGCAAAAAGAUCCCCAGCAACAAGAUCUUCACCGCCAUCGCUUCCAUGUUCCCUUACAAGGGCACCACAGAGGAGCUGAAGGAAAAGUACAAGGACCUCCUGGAGCCGCCCGGCCCGGUCAAGCUGCCCCCCCUCUGCACCCCCAACCUGGACGGACCCUUCGCAAAGUCGGUGCAGCGAGAGCAGUCGCUGCACUCCUUCCACACGCUCUUCUGCAGGCGGUGCUUCAAAUACGACUGCUUCCUCCACCCUUUCCACGCGACACCCAACGUGUACAAGAGGAAGAGCAAAGAGAUCCGGAUGGAGACGGACCCGUGCGGCGCCGACUGCUUCCUGCUGCAGAAAGGGGCUAAAGAGUUCGUGGAUCAGAACAUGUUGCGCUCGCGGAGGUUUCGGAAGAGGCGCAAGCAGCAGCAGCAGCGUCCCGCCGGCGCAAGUUGCCCCGGGCCGUCGGCCUUCGCCGAGGAGAGCAAAGACGGCGAAAGCGACCACGAAACGACAUCGUCUUCAGAAGGGAAUUCGCGCUGCCAGACGCCCAUCAAGCUGCGCCCGGCUGAAGACGAAGCGGAGCAGCCGGCGUGCUGCGCGGCGGAGUGGAGCGGCGCGGAGGAGUCGCUCUUCAGGGUCCUGCACGGCACCUACUUCAACAACUUCUGCUCCAUCGCCCGCCUCAUUGGCACCAAGAACUGCAAGGAGGUGUACGCGUUCGCCGUGAAGGAGGCCCUAAUCCAUCGCGUCCCUCUGGAGGACGGCGGCAUCUCUCCGCAGAAGAAGAAAAGGAAGCACAGGUUAUGGGCAAAGAUUCAGCUAAAGAAAGACAACUCGUCCAAUCAGGUGUACAACUACCAGCCGUGUGACCACCCCGAUCACCCGUGCGACAGCACCUGCCCGUGUGUCAUCACGCAGAAUUUCUGCGAGAAGUUCUGCCAGUGCGACCCCGAAUGCCAGAAUCGCUUCCCGGGCUGCAGGUGUAAGACCCAGUGCAACACCAAGCAGUGUCCCUGCUACCUUGCGGUGCGGGAGUGCGAUCCGGACUUGUGCAUGACCUGCGGCGCCGCCGACCACUGGGACAGCAAAGUGGUGUCGUGCAAAAACUGCAGCAUCCAGAGGGGCCUCAAAAAGCACCUCCUGCUGGCGCCGUCGGACGUCGCCGGAUGGGGCACCUUCAUCAAAGAGCCCGUGCAGAAGAACGAGUUCAUCUCAGAGUAUUGCGGCGAGCUCAUCUCGCAGGACGAGGCGGACCGUCGAGGCAGAAUCUACGACAAAUACAUGUCCAGUUUCCUUUUCAACCUGAACAACGACUUUGUCGUGGAUGCCACGAGGAAGGGGAACAAAAUCCGCUUUGCUAAUCACUCGGUCAACCCCAACUGCUACGCCAAAGUGGUGAUGGUGAACGGAGACCACCGCAUCGGGAUCUUCGCCAAGCGGGCCAUCAUGCAAGGGGAGGAGCUUUUCUUCGACUACAGAUACAGCCAAGCAGACGCCCUCAAGUACGUCGGCAUCGAGAGGGAGGUGGACAUGUCUUAGCCGCCCGGCGCAAUGCAUAAAUGCCGUAUAUCCCGACGUUAACUUCUGCAGCCCUCCGCUAGCGCCUGCUCCAUCCCGCCCGCGUCCACCUUUUCUCUCUUUGCGGCAUCGCACGUUGGCUCCGUCCUCCGAGGGAAGAAAAAAAAAAAAAAAAAAUCAAAGUUUGCAGGUGCACUCGUCCCCCUCCCCUCAACUACCCAAACGCACGCACGUACACGCCACGCUUGUCAACCUGUUAUCGUCGUCCGUGUUGCUCGGAGGUUUUCCUUUUGCGUUCCACUCGGGCCGCACUUGUAGUUAGCGUACGGUGUGUCCGUUUAGUUACAGCGAGCAGUGACGUAUGUGCAUGUUGCUUUAUCUGGGGUAAAUAAAAACCAGUAAUCGCGUUUAGUUGGCAGUAUUUCACCUCUCCGUGUUGUCACUGGACAGCGCAGGCUAAAAGUUGUGCAUUUAUGUAAAAAAAAAAAAAUACGAGAUAAGAAACCGACUGACUGAAUGUAAUCCUUAUGAGGCAGUGAAGAGUUGGCAUAAUUUUUUUGUUUUUAACUUAAAGGGGACAUAUUAUGAAGAAUUGACUUUGUAUAAAAAAAUAUAUAUAUAUAUAUUGGGUCUCCGGAUUGCCUGCCCACCCAUCACGUCUUAUAUACACACACACAUAUAUAUACACACAAAUAUAUAUAUCUUUUGUUAUCUGCCUAUUUAUGAAAAUGUGUUAUUGAGCGAGGUGUUCUAAAUUUAAAUUUACAUCAAACUUCCUCCACCCAGCCAGACCGGCUGCAUUCUCCCACUUUCAAGCGACACCACAAGGACCACAAAACAGAACUAGCAUGUCAAAAACCAAGAGGUAAGCAGAGCUGCGGUGUUAGCACAGAUUAGCUAGUUGGCGAUUUUCAGACAAAGCAUCACAAUCAAACCUCCCCACCACUAUCAGCCAAUCGUAAAUCCCUGACUAGGUAAUAAUCCCACCGAACUACCAUUUUUGGUCGAACAUUCAAAUAUCCAUCAAUUUUCCAAGCCACGCAUCCUCACAAGGGUCGCGGGAAGUGCUGGAGCCGAUCCAACAUUGAGCAAAAGGCAAACUAUACCCUGAACGGGUCGCCAGUCACUCGCAGGGCACACGGACACCAUCACUAAGCAAAAAUUGACCCCACGCUGCCCCCGCCAAAGUCAGGGAUGUGUACCGCUACGUUGUCAGUGACUCCGUUCAAAGACUCAUGAGAAAUAUUGUAACUCUGCUUCUCUUUAUUGAAAUGGUGAAUGCAAAGACAGGUUUCACUUGUAUUCUAAUACUAAAUAUUAUACGUAAGCAUACUUGCAUUGUUUUGUUUUUUUUAUGACUGUGCCAGACUGCCAGUGUUACUUUCAUGGAUACAAGUGGGUAGCUACACCUUGCGCGAUGUAGUAGCUUGACUGACUGCCGUGCCUACGUCGGCCAUAUUGAGGAGGUCGACAAUUCAUAUCGAAGGCAAUGUAGAAAGUCAAAACUGCUAUAAAUACACAAAAUUUAGGGAAAAAUAAGUUUGCUUUAUUAAAACAUUUUUUUAAUACAUGUUCCCAGUUCCAUUGUUGUGAUUAUGACAUUUUACAGAAGCACAAUGUACCAGCAUCCUCUGUCUUUUUGUUUUCUGGCUAUCCACAAUUUUGGCCUCCCGAGCUUACCUGGUUCUUCCAAUCAAUUUUUGUCGGAAUUUCAAAACAAAGAUGUCUAUUUAAUCUAUUUUUUUGUUAAACUAACAUUGCAAAUCUGAAAAAAAAAAUGUAAUAAACAUUCUAAAAGGCAUUUAAAAGAAGUGUU